UCAGCACCCUUUAAAAACUAUGGCUGUGACUCACUCCGUGUCUGGUUGCCAUGGCAAAUAAAUAAAUCGUUUUGUCGAAGCCACUUCCGUCAAUAGAAACUCGACAAGGCUUAGUUUGUCGAAUUUGUUUCCGCUCAACAGAUCACAGUCAACACUCUUUCUCUCUCUCCAAAUAUACUUUUUAAUAUAAUGUCGUAUUCGAAUCGUGGCUUUGAUUUUUAUUUGCCCACCGGUGGCUGGUGCAAUCCCAAGGACGACAUGCACUUUCGCCGCAGUGUCGAGUGGGUUCCGGUUCGCAGCGCAGGCGUUGGUCGCUCCCAUGCGGUCACCAAUGGCGUCAUCUAUCCUCGAGUGAUUGGCAUGCUGCCGCGCUAUGGCGGACAUGUGCCUGGCGAGAUUUAUAAUGUUGGACACACAUUUGGACGGUCCACGGUUGAUGCCAAACGUUGGUUGGUCUUGCACCACGAAUAAAACUAUUCAGCACUCUUUCAAAUAUUGCACCACAAAUUUACUCGUUAUAAAUUUCAAUAAAGUAUCUGCAAAAAUUUAAAAAACA